AACUGAAUCAGUGAAUCCUUAGGCAAAUAAUGGGCCUCACGGAGAAGAAAUCAUCAGGCUCAGUAUCAGGAAGAAGCCACUCGCGUUGGAAGAUGAACAGACGGGUGUGUCAGUGAAGCGAUAGAGAGUCGCUCAAUGGGGUUGGACAGAGGGAUUCGCUGCAUUCACAUGAGGGAAAACGGAAAAGUGAAGAAAUUCGAAGAAGAUUGCAAUGAAACAAUGCAGAUUUCUUGCGUGUAUGACGAAGCAUUGCAGGAAGAAAGGGAAAAACUGAGCAGUUAUACUUUAUACUUCAAUUGGGACUGAUGAAGGUUCUUCUCCGUUUCAAAAGGAUGUAUUAACUAUAUUAUUCUUCAGACUAAUGAAGAUUCAUCUCCUUCGAGUGAAGCAAGUGAAUCCAAACUGAAGCAUAAACAUGACGGGCCUGCGUUUUGGAGUUUUUAGCAUUUCUGGGAGCUCAAUUCGAUUCCAAGCAAAGAAGGUCUUGGAAAAUUCUGGCCGCGGGAUCGCAAGGCUUCGCUGCUCUCAUGUUUUUCAUCUCGACUGCAUUGGAUCAGCAUUUAACGCAGCGGGUGUUAUGCAAUGCCCUAUUUGCCAAUACACAGAGGAUGGGGAGUGGAGAUUUUCUGAUGAAGGCAUUGACAAUCAAGAUGUUCAAGCUCUACCUUUGACUGAAAUGCUGCCACAUGGAGCCCAAGUUAUGCAGAAUCAUGGAUGGGAGCACAACCCACCAUUGAUACGGACAAAUUGGGGGAUAGUAGGACAACCUAUUAUACCGAGUGGGGUUGUCAUCCCCACUCAUUAUCUCCCCAACCAGUUCGGGUUCCAUUCACUGGGUGGCCACCAUCCUCUCUUCGAUGGUGGCUACUACAUCACUCCUAGAAGCGGUGUGAUCCAUGGCGGGUCAGUCCACGUCGCAACUUGGUGGGUGUCGCAGGUGGUGGGGCCGGUGGUGGUGAAUUACAUAUGGCACCCAUAUUAGGAGUGCUACAAAAUGCAGACCAGAUUGAAAUUGUCCCAGGAGACAACUGUUUUUGAAGAUCUUGUUAUUGUAUAGGGCAUUUCUACAGGUCUUGUAUUUGAAGUAAUUUCUGCUCUCUGUUUCAAGUGUAAAUGUACAAUGCACUUUUUCUUCAUCAGAUUAUUAUGUAUAGUGUUUACAGUGA